AUGACAUCCACCUCCGCCAACGACCGACCCAAAGCUACAGCUAUUCCCUACCAAGGAGACCCUCUCCCCAACGUCUCAGAGGAUCUCGUCGUACCAAAUAUUGUGGGCCUGGACUUCGAAGAACGAUUAUGGGUUCCCCAAGCACCAGACGUCUGGUUCCGUCCUAUUCUAUUCAACGUCACUCAGGGUUACUUCGUCAACCUACUUCGUGUGCGUCGCUCGGGUAUCUUGUCCCGUCACCGUCAUAUCGGCCCUGUUCAUGCAACGGUUCUACGAGGCAAAUGGCACUAUCUUGAGCAUCCGUGGUGGGCGACGGAGGGCAGUCAUGCUUUCGAGCCUCCGGGUGAUAUUCACACGCUUGAGGUCCCGGAUGGGGUCGAGGAAAUGGUUACUUUGUUUCAUGUUACUGGUGCAUAUAUCUACGUCGACCCUGUGGGAAAUGCGCUGGGGGUAGAGGAUGUGUUUUCGAAGUUGGCUAGUGCGAGGGCGCAUUAUGAGAAGGUUGGGCUUGGGGCGGAUUAUGUUGACCAGUUUGUUCGAUGA